AUGCCUCCUCAAAAAAAAUUAAGAAAACAUUUGAAAAAAAUAGCUUUAACUAGUCUUGCAAAUUGCAGAUUGAAAAAAUAUAAUAAAGAAUUCUCUAAAACUCAACUUAUUGAAACCUUGAAAUCUAUGAGUUCAAAUGAACUUCAAGAAAUCAUCCAUGAAAUUAACUCAAAUGAAUCUCAAGAAAUUACUUGUGAAGUUAGCUCUGAUGAACUUCAGGAAACU